UAGCCAUCCCUAGCUGUUGAUUUUUAUGCGAAAAAGUGGAGCUUCUAUUUGCUAAGAUUGUAUUUAAAUGAGGCACGGCAUUGUUUAAAAGGGCGCAAUUGAUGCGGCGCUGAAAUUAGCGACUUUUGCAUAGAUUGUAAUACGACACCGGUUCCCACAUCCGCAUGGACUACGAAAAUUCACUGAAUAUUGGUGGAGGGAGCACGGCGACCGGCGCAGUCAAUGUGAACUUGAUUGCGAGCACGAACUCGAGCGCAGAGCCUGAAGCGGAUGCGAAUAUGUGCGGGGGACAGGAGGUACUGGAGGUGAAGUCGAAGGAGAAGUCGCGUCGCUAUUGGACGCCCAGCGAGGAGGAGCGUCUCUAUGAGAUCUGGGGUCGGGACAACUGGCAUCUGACCCGAAACGGCAAGAACACCAUAUUCUUUGGCCAGUGGUCGGAGGAGCUGCGCGAACGCUUCUCGGUGGAUGUGAAACCUGAGGAAAUCCAAAUGAAGGUCAACCAGACCAGGGCUAAAUUUCGUUCAGUGAAAAAACAGUUGCAGAGCGAUCCAUCCAGUUAUCCCAUGCGCUGGAAGAAAUAUGACAUUAUCAAUCGCAUACUCAAGAAUAUUCACAGGCCCAAAGAUGCAGAACCUGUGCCGGCAGAUGUGAUGCUCAACAAUCGCGAUGUAUCGCCGCCACGCGAGGAGGAGCAGCAGCAGGUCCAGCAACAACAGGAGCAGCAGCAGCAGCAGCAGCAACAACAGCAGCAGCAGCAACAACAACAACAGCAGCAGCAACAACAGCAGCAACAGCAACAGUCAGUGCUUAAUUUGACAGCAGAGGCAACGGGCAACAACUUUUAUAGCAACAACAGUAGCAAUAGCAACAACAGCAGCAUCCAUACCAAUAACAACAACAACAACACUAUGAGCUUCAACACGGAAUUGUUUACGGAUCAGUACGAUAUUAAGCGAGAAUAUGAUGAUGAGGAUUAUCGAUCGAUGCCAUUUCAAGAGCAGCUGCAACAGUAUUCACCAGCGGAACCUGCCCAGCUGCUCGAAUUGCAAACUCCACUGCAGCAGCAACAACAACAACAGCAGCAGCAACAGCAGCAGCAACAAUUUCAGCCUGACUACGAGUCAAGCGUGGUAAACUAUGCCGGAGGAGGUGCAUCAGCUCAACCGCAGCAACACUACAGUAACAACAGCAAUAAUGUUGGAUCCUCGUCGUCCAUUAACCAUCAGGCGAUCACAGCUGUAGCCUACAUAAACAGCAGCAACAAUACCAUCAGUGUGGCGACAAACAACAGCAAUGGUGGCCCAAUGACGGUGCCAAUGCAACCACCAACUGUUGUAGCUGCCAGUGGCAAUGCUGUUGCUUCGACACCAACACCAACACCACGGAAACGUGGUCGACCCUAUGGUUCAAGCAAUCCGCCCGCUGCCGAUUCGCUGGAGUCGCAAUACCUGGAGGAAGUGCGUCGCAAGAAUCAAUUGCUGUCGGAGCAAGUGAAAAUCUCAAGGCAGCGCUUGGAAUUGGAAGAGCGCAAAGUCGACUUAAUGAACAUGUUCAUACCCAAAUGCUUGGAGCAGCAGGCUCAUAUCAUAGAGCAAAUGAGGCAAUUGCCAAGCAUGCAUCAACAGCAACCACAACAGCAACCGAAACAAUCGGAGUCGGAGUCGCAGCAGCCACCGCCACCGCCACAACAGUAACCAACUUAAUUCAUAUAUCCCGGUAUCCCGAAACCGAUAGCGUUCUAUGUUUACUACUUAAAUUAGUUGACUAAGUUAAAAAAAAAUAUAUUGUAUAAGAAAUCAGUUUAAUUUCUAAACCUAUGCAACAAUUGACGAAAUGAUUAUGAUCGAUGUUCUCAAAUUGCAAAUUAUGAUCGCCGUAUAUAUGUUUUAACCAGUACUAUAUUAGAACAAACUAUACCACUAAGCAUAACUCUAAUAAAGAUUGUAAAGAAA